AUGAAGCAUAUCUGCCUCACCAUUUUAUUUGUCAUUACCUGUUUUGCCGGGUUCAGCCAGCACGAUACCGUUUUCUAUUCCGUCGUAAACAAAGGUAAAAUAACCGGUGGCGGUAAAGACUGGAAAGAGGGCGAUGCCUACCAUAGCACCUACCAGUUUAAUGACAGGGGACGGGGCGACAGCACCCACACGGUAUUUUACACCAGCCAGGACGGACGUGUUGCCGCGUUAAAAACCACCGGCGUAGAUUACUACAAAAACCCGUACGAAGAGAAGUUUGAUGUGCUGGCAGAUUCCGCUGUAUGGACGGUCAACGGCGACCGCAAGUCAGCAAAAUACAAUCAUCAAAUCUAUCCUGCGGAUUAUGGAUUGCUGGUUAAAUGGACACUGAAACAACCAGGCAAAAAAACCGAAAUUUUGCCGGAAGGCACCAUGCGCAUGGAAGCACCUGUAGACAAGACCAUUACGGUGAAGGGAAAAACCAUCCGCUUAAAAUUAAUUACCCGUUACACGGAGCCAUCCCCUACCCCCUCUUUUGUCUGGAUGACGGACAGCCUGGAUUUUUUUGCCACAGUGAGCGGCUGGCAAUCGUUUAUACAAAAGGGUUAUGAAGACUUUACAGACACCCUUUUUACCCUGCAGGAAAAAGCGGCACAGGGAUACUAUACCAAUGAACUGAAAAACAAUUCGGCUGUUUUAGCCACGCAUGUGGUGCUGACGCAUGCUGCUAUUUUUCAAUCCGCUACCGCCAGCAUCAAAAAAGACAUGACCGUGGAGAUAGUGAACGGGCGCAUCCAGGCCAUUUAUCCAUCUGCACAAAAAAAUCCGCCGCAGGCGGAUACCAUCAUCAAUUGCAGGGGGAAAUUUUUAAUGCCGGGCCUGUGGGAUAUGCAUGCACAUUAUAGCAAAACCUCGGGCUCGGGCUAUCUUGCCGGUGGCGUUACGCACCUGCGGGAUAUGGGCAACGACCAGAUACUGCUGACCUAUAAAGAUCAGAUUGCCAACAAUGCCCUGCUGGGUCCGGAUAUCAGCUAUCUCUCAGGCUUUAUCGACCGCGAAGACCCCUUCCAGGGGCCGACGGGUAAAAUAAUUAGAUCGCUGGAUGAAGGCUUUGCCGCCAUCGACGAAUUUAAACGCCUGGGUUACCAGCAAAUAAAAUUAUACAGCGCCAUUAAACCAGCAUGGGUAAAACCAAUGGCUGCUUAUGCCCAUAAAGCUGGUUUAAAAGUAUGUGGCCAUAUUCCCGCUUUCAUGACGGCCGAACAGGCAAUUAAAGAUGGCUAUGAUGAGUUAACCCAUAUGAAUUUUAUCUUUUUAAAUUUUAUGGGCGAUACCAUUGACACCCGUACGCCGGCCCGUUUUAGAGCAGUGGGUGCCAAUGGGGGCCAACUUGAUCUGAACAGCAAAGCGGUAAACGAUUUUAUCAGCCUGAUGAAGGAAAAGAAAAUUGCACUGGAUGCCACACUCAAUGUAUGGCAGGGCAUGUUCGACGAAUUCAAGGGCGAUACAAUGCAGUACCUGAAACCGGUGGUAAGCUGGCUUCCAAAGCAAUGGCUUUCCAGCCUGGCCAUACAAACACCCUAUGGAACAAAAGCGGAUAAACAUGCUUACAAAGCAGCGUUCAGCAAUAUGAAAAAAAUGCUGAAAAAACUUUACGACAAUGGCAUAUUGCUGGUGCCCGGCACAGAUGGUGGUGAAGCCAAUGCCCUGCACCAUGAACUGGAAAUUUAUGUACAGGCCGGCAUUCCUGCCAACCAGGUACUGAAGAUAGCUACCUAUAAUGCAGCACUAAAUUGUAACCUGCAAAACUUAUAUGGCAGCAUCGCACCCGGCAGGGAGGCGGAUAUUAUUUUAAUUGACGGCAACCCGGUUGCAAACAUCAGCGAAAUCAGGCGGGUGAAAUGGGUGAUAAAAAACAAACGGAUGUAUGCUCCCAGGCAAUUAUUGGCGGCCAGGGGCUGGAAUUAUUAUUAA